AUGGAGAAUAACGAGGCAGAUAACUGGAGGGAUAUGGUCACGAAGAUGCUCCCACCAGGCCGAGCCCCUCGACUUGAACCCGGCCCAAUCCCAACUGCCGACCCUCUUUCGGAGUCUAGACGAUCCGUGGCCCGCGACUCUGCCCCUGUGAUCGAGCCUAUCCCCCUCCCUAGAAGAAGACUGUCCCAGAGCACCGAGUCAGUUGUGUCCGUUUUGCAGAACGAUGAUUUCUCUUCACGAUUGGGCUCGGGCUCGGGCUCGCCGGGCUCGGUCCACAGCUGGCAAGACGGGCCACUCCCUCCAAACGAGGCAAGGCGGCCUAUGGUGGUGACUUUCAACACGGCUGAUAGGUCUGAGCGGCAAUUGGCCGAUAGGGAAAAGCAGAUUUUCCCCGAAUUUGUGGUGGGCUUAGCCAAGGAGAAGAAGAAGAAGAAGAAGAAGAAAAAGAGGAAAAAGGCGAGGGUUUGCUAUAGGUGCGGGAAAGGGAAGUGGGAGAUUAAAGAAAUAUUGCAGCAACUGUUUGCUCCGGGCCAUGGGCUCGAUGCCCGAAGGACCCCAUUGGAGGUUAAGCAUAUCAUGAAGGCCGAGAAGGAGUGUGCAGCCAAUCAGCUCCGGCCGGAGCAGUUGAUUAUGAACGGGUAUCCUUUGAAGACGGAGGAGAUGGCGGAGCUUUUCGGGUGCCCUUUGCCGCCUAGGAAGUUGAAGCCGGGCACGUAUUGGUAUGAUAAGGAAUCAGGUCUUUGGGGAAAGGAGGGAGAGAAGCCUGAUAGAAUUAUUAGUUCGAAUUUGAAUUUUACGGGUAAACUAAGCCCGAGCGCGAGCAAUGGGAAUACUGAGGUGUACAUGAAUGGUCGAGAAAUUACGAAGCUUGAGCUGAGAAUACUGAAGGCAUCAACUCGGUUCGUGUGUUCCUUGUUCUCUCUGCCUGUUCCUCAAGGUCAUCCUCAUGGGCUAAAGGAUGAGCCUAGCAACUACACGACUGUACCGAGUUAUCUUGAGCCGAAAAAAAGUUUCAGAAGCUUCUUCUUUUUGGACUGCAAGGCUCUGGCCAAGUUUUUGUACGGGAGCAAGUUUACCCCUGAGGAACGACAGGAUAUGAAACUCAUGAUCCAGAGCAAUAUGUACAAGUAUCUCAGCAUCCUGCUUGAUGCUCGAGAACGUUUUGAGGAGGAAGAUUUAUUAGAGAGAAGAAGGCAAGCUUCUGACGAUGAAUCUGCUGAAGCAGAGGUAAAUAACCAAUGCAUUUAUUCUCUCAACCCAAGAUUGAAGCACUUUUCUGACUGGCUGCUCGACAUAAUUGCCACUGGGGAUUUGGAUGCAUUUUUCCCAGCAGCAACACGCGAAUAUGCCCCGCUUGUUGAGGAAGUAUGGAAAGAUCCUGCUAUUCAGGAGACAUAA